AUGUUGCACUUUGUGUUUCGACUUUUUCUUCUCUUCGCUGUUCUCGCUGCCGUGCUCGGUUGCGAUUGCAGCAAACUGAAAGCAGGUGAAUGCUGCUCCAAUCCUCGUGGACAACGAUGCUGCCAUUCCCGAAAGAAGAGAUCCUUGGAGGAUUCCUAUGAGACAGAGUUCGAACGUCGGCGUUACGCGCCAAAAAUAGAUCUGGACGGGAAUUGA